GAUAACUUUCUGUGGCAUCUGCUGUCAGAAAUACGUCAAGGCUAACAUAUCUGAACAAUCUUCCACAACUGUGAGAUAUACCAUGAAAAUGAUGGCCAGUGGAGCAGAAACUAUUAUCUUCAUGUUCCUAGGAAUUUCAGCUGUAAAUCCAAAUAUCUGGGUUUGGAAUACAGCUUUUAUUCUGUUGACUUUGGUCUUCAUCUCAGUAUAUAGAGUCAUUGGUGUAGUUUUACAGACAUGGAUUCUUAACCACUACAGAAUGGUCCAGUUGGAGAUAAUCGACCAGGUGGUGAUGUCCUAUGGUGGACUACGUGGAGCGGUUGCUUUUGCCCUGGUUGUACUUCUGGAUGAGAACAAAGUGAGAGAGAGAAACCUGUUUGUCAGCACAACUAUCAUUGUUGUGUUUUUUACUGUUAUUUUCCAGGGACUGACUAUCAAGCCAUUGGUACAGUGGCUGAAAGUGAAGAAAACUGAACACAGAGAGCCAAAACUGAAUGAGAAGCUUCAUGGCAGAGCCUUUGAUCACAUUCUUUCUGCUAUAGAAGACAUUUCUGGACAAAUAGGACAUAAUUAUCUGAGAGACAAGUGGUCCAAUUUUGAUAGGAAAUUCCUCAGUAAAGUACUGAUGAGAAGGUCUGCUCAAAAAUCAAGAGACCAGAUCCUUAAUGUUUUCCAUGAACUCAACUUGAAGGAUGCAAUUAGCUAUGUGGCAGAGGGAGAACGUAGAGGUUCCUUGGCAUUUAUACGUUCUCCAAGUACAGACAACAUGGUAAAUGUGGAUUUCAGUACCCCACGCCCAAGUACUGUGGAAAGCUCUGUCUCUUAUUUACUGAGAGAAAAAGCUGGACCAGUUUGCCUUGACAUGCAAGCUUUAGAGCAAAGGAGGAAAAGUAUCCGAGACACAGAAGACACAGUAGCUCAUCACACCCUACAACAGUACCUGUAUAAACCCAGACAGGAGCACAAACACCUGUACAGUCGACAUGAGAUCAUGCACAGUGAAGAUGAGAAACAAGACAAGGAGAUUUUCCACAGGACAAUGAGGAAGCGCUUAGAAUCUUUCAAGAGUACCAAACUAGGAAUAAACCAUCCCAAGAAACUCAAUAAAAUCCACAAGCGUGACCGGGGCCAAAAAAAGCGAAACAGCAGUGCAAUACCAAAUGGACAAAUAACGUCAGAAAAUCCAGCACAAGAUUUUACUUUGAAGGAAAAAGAUUUGGAGUUUUCUGAGUCAGAAGAAAAUAAUGAUUAUGAAACUUUGCAUCUAGGCAAAGGAGUUGAUUUCCUGGCUAAUGUGACGAAGCAAAAUUUCACAGACACUUCUACCGGAAUUGAUAACCCAGUAUUUUCAGCUGAUGAUGAUCAAAGCAUCUACAUGAAGUUCUCACCAUGGUUAUCUAGUGAAGACACUGUGGUACCAUCACAAAGGGCCCGAGUGCAGAUCCCAUAUUCUCCAACCAACUUCAGACGGCUCACUCCAUUCCGGCUCAGCAAUAAAUCCAUAGAUUCCUUCCUGCUAGCAGAUGGCCCAGAGGAUCGACCCAGGUCUUUUCUCCCAGAAUCAACACAUAUGUAA